UGUUUCGCGUUUUGUAGUGUGCGUAUCUGCCGCAGCAGUUUUCGGGCUGGUUUGUUGUGGUCUCUAAAUCUCCGGUCUAAGGUUUGGAGAAAGAUGACAGCGAGAAAGUCUGGGUCACGAUUAGAGACUGAAAUUGAACGUUGCCGGUCCGAAGGACAAUGGGACAAGAUUCCCGAGCUUGUGCGACAGCUGUCGGCAAAAUUAAUAUCAAACGAUGACCUGGGGGAGCUGCUCUUGGGGGAGGCCAAGCUUCAGCAGUACCUGAAGGAGAACCCCAUCAAGCAGGGAGCCAGCCCGCGGGGCCUCAGGCCAAAGCUGGUGGAGGUCCGCAAGCACCUGACUGCCGCAUUGGACCGGGGCAACCUCAAGCCGGAUUACAUGCAGGAGGCCAGCAUGCUGAUGGCUAAGCUGUGCUAUGUGGAGGGGGACUACCAGGAGGCCAUCAGUCAGUAUUCCCGGGUGGGCCUGGAUGACUUGCUGCUCGUGGGUUCCCCCGUCUACCGCCUGUCCAUGAUCGCAGAGGCGUACGCAACCAAAGGUCUGUGUUUGGAGAAGAUGCCGGCGGCUUCCCCCUCCCUCUCUAACCGCGACGGCGACCGCGAGCAGGACAUCAUCACCUGCUACGAGAAAUCGGGGGACAUCGCCCUGCUCUACCUGCAGGAGAUGGAGAAGGCCCUGAGCGCUGGCAUGCAGAACCGGAGCCCCAAGCCGGGCCCCGUGGCCCAGGAGCAGGAGCUGGGCUACUUCCUGGAGACGGGUCUACAAAGGGCCCACGUCAUCCACUUCAAAAACGGGAAUUUGACCCGCGGUGUAGGCCGGUUUCGGGAGAUUCUCCGAGCCGUGGAAACCAGAACCACACAGAACUUGCGAAUGACGAUUGCAAGGCAGCUGGCUGAGAUCCUGCUGAGGGGGAUGUGUGAGCAGAGUUACUGGAACCCCUUGGAGGACCCCCCUCACCAAUCCCCCCUCAACGACCCCCUACGCCAGGGCUCAUACACCAAGGACUACUCUCUAAGCAGGAGGCCCCGCGUCUACUCUGGAGAAAACCUGUUUUGUCCUCAGGAAAACACAGAAGAGGCUCUGCUCCUGCUUCUAAUUAGCGAAUCAAUGGCCAACAGAGACGCGGUUCUGAGCAGGAUUCCCGAGCACAACAACGAUCGCAUCAUUAGCCUACAGAGUGCGUCGGUGGUGUAUGAUCUAUUGACAAUAGCGCUGGGUCGAAGAGGACAGUACGAGAUGCUCUCUGAGUGUCUAGAGAGAGCCAUGAAGUUUGCGUUCGAGGAGUUCCACCUGUGGUACCAGUUUGCCCUGUCACUGAUGGCCGCAGGAAAAUCAGCGCGGGCGGUGAAGGUGCUGAAGGAGUGCAUUCGGCUGAAGCCGGACGACCCCACCAUCCCACUGCUGGCCGUGAAGCUCUGCAUCGGGACCCUGCACUGGCUGGAGGAGGGCGAGCGCUUUGCCAAGAUGGUGGUGGACAUGGGGGAGAAGGCGUCGGAGUUCCGGGCCAAAGGGUACCUGGCCAUCGGCCUGGUGUACAGCCUGCGUGCCACAGAUGCUUCUCUGCGGGGGAUGCAGGAGGAGUACCAGAAGAAGGCUCUGGGCGCCUUCCAGAGGGCCCAAAGCCUUUCUCCGACGGACCACCUGGCUGCUUUCUACCUGGCUCUGCAGCUGGCCGUGUCUCGACAGAUCCCCGAGGCGCUAGGCUACGUGCGCCAGGCGCUGCAGCUCCAGGGCGACGACGUCCACUCGCUGCACCUGCUGGCCCUGCUGCUGUCGGCGCAGAAGCACUACCACGACGCCCUCAACAUCAUCGAGAUGGCCCUCAGCGAGUACCCCGAGAACUUCAUCCUCCUGUUCACCAAAGUGAAGCUGGAGACCCUGUGCAGGGGGCCCGAGGAGGCCCUUCUCACCUGCAAACACAUGCUGCAGAUCUGGAAGUCCUGCUACAACCUCACGAACCCCAGCGAUUCCGGGCGAGGAAGCAGCUUGCUGGACAGAGCCAUCGCGGACAGGAGGCAGCUGAACACCAUGACGCUCCCAGACUUCAGUGACCCAGAAACAGCCUCGGGCUCCUCCUCCUCCCUCUCUGGGUCCGAGCAUUCCCCACACUUUUUCGCCCCUUCUCUCCAAUCUCCUCCCCCUCCCAAGCCCGACCCCGCCCCGAAGCCCGGCGGCCACGCUUUCUGUGACCACGCCCCUCGUCGGCGACCCUCCUCCAGCAGCAACCCUCCAGAUGCUUACUUUCAUGGUUUUUACUCCAUUUUUUCAGUUUGUUCCGUCCACGCCACCUCCAUGGCCGCCUCUCGGGUGGAGCAGGCCCUCUCUGAGGUGGCCUCCUCCCUGCAGAGCAGCGCUCCGAAACAGGGCCCCCUGCACCCCUGGAUGACCCUCGCCCAGAUCUGGCUCCAUGCAGCGGAAGUGUACAUGGGCAUGGGGAAGCCCACGGAGGCGGCGGCCUGCACGCAGGAGGCUGCCAACCUCUUCCCCAUGUCCCACAACGUGCUCUUCAUGAAGGGCCAGGUGGCCGAGCUGCGGGGCAACAUGGACGAGGCCAAGCGCUGGUACGAGGAGGCCCUCUCCAUCAGCCCCACCCACGUCAAGACCAUGCAGAGACUGGGCCUGAUCCUGCACCAGCUGCAGCGCUACAGCCUGGCGGAGAAGAUCCUGCGUGACGCGGUGCAGGUCAACUCCACGGCCCACGACGUGUGGAACAGCCUGGGGGAGGUGCUGCAGGCCCAGGGCAACGACGACGCCGCCACCGAGUGCUUCCUGACCGCCCUGGAGCUGGAGGCCAGCAGCCCCAUCCUGCCCUUCACCAUCAUUCCCCGGGCCCUGUGACGGGCCCCCGGGGGAAGAGGGGGCCCCCUGGAGGAGAGAGGGGCCCCUGGAGGAAGCCCUGCCCUGUCACCCCCCCACACCCCUGUCAUAUUCUGUUUACUGGCCCCUGAGGGCGCUUGACCUUUUCACCAGUAUUCCCCGUGCCCCGUGCCUUUCCCUCAGGGAACCGCUGCCCCCCUGCCUGCUCCUCGUGAUUAGCCCCGCCCCCCUCCUCCCGGGGAAACCCCGCCCUCGCCCCCCUGCCCUGUGUCAGGGCUCUGGGGAAGCCCACCCUCUGUAUCUCCACUGUAAUGCGGUGUUAUCGUCCCCACCAAACCGUCAGAUCUCCCAGACAUGCCAGAGGGGAAAAGACACACACAAACGCAGUUUCUGGUGUAACCUGACUCUGAAUGUGGCUGUAUCAACCCUCACCCCGUACCCUGUGUUCAUGUGUCAUUUCCUUGCUGUGGUCGUCUCCUCCUCCUGACUGCGUAAAUUGUAAAAUUAAGCUGUAACGGUUCACUUGGUAGCGAUGAAGUGUACAUGAGGGUUGUAUGAAACAGAGACUGUGCCAAACAAAACCUUGAGAUAUUGAUCUCUGUGUAUGAUAUCAGUGACGACAGAUUGAUUAUAUAGAUUUGGUCAAUAGUUCAAACUCCAAAUUGGGUUUGGGAAGUCUUUGCAUUCCAUAUUAUUAUUUUUUCAUUUUGCAUUACUGUUAGUGUCCAUUGUUUGUAGUGCAGAAAAGGAAGGGAGGAUAAGCCAUGAUGAACUCCAGCUAUUUUAUGUCAGAAAUGAUCCAGGAGAAGUUCUAUUCUAUCUCCGUCAGGGAGGUUCAAAGGUGGAGAAAAGUUCCUGGUUACUGGCAAGUACCUGCACUGCAGUAGGGUUAUUAGAGAAAAUGGGGUUAAUAGGUGGAGAAAAGUCACUGGCAAGUGUUUACCUUAAACACAGUAGGGUUAUUAAAAUUGGGGAGGAACUAGCAGAGUAACGAGCUUUAAAAAAAACUGGCAUAUAAAAGUGUUUUCUGGAUCACGAAAGGAGCAGAUGGUUCAACCACCACGUGGUCAACGCGCACGCGUCUUUAAAAGUAAAAAAUAUAGCACAACAUAAGAUGAGGAACACUGCUCUUUUUCAGGCUUGGUUCAGCUCGAGCAGCAGAAUUGAAAGUGGCUGGCUCACCCCCAGCUGUGUCUCCCCCCUCACAUUUACACUAAUGCAUCGGGUGGGACAUUGUGCUGUGGGAACUGGCCUCAUGGUCACAUCUGUGUGUCUGUCUGUGUCGUCGUGUGUACGUCUGUGUGUGUGUGUGUGUGUGUGUGUGUGCAUGUGCGUGCAUGCAUGUGCAUGUGUGUGUACUGUAUAAUCACUCCCCCAGUUCUGUACUAAUGCAUUGCUUCUUUCUGUUGAAAGGUGGUAAUGCUGAUUAUUUUUAACUUGACCAAGAGUGUUUGUGUGUCUGUCUGUCUUGUCUGUUUGUCUGUCUGCGUAUGUGUGUCUGUGUCUGUCUGUGUGUGUGUGUGUCUGUGUCUGUCUGUCUGUUUGCAUGUGUGUGUGUGUUUGUUUGUGUGUACCUCUGUGUCUCUUUCAGGGUCCCACUGCGUGUUUUGUGCCACCAGUAUAUUUGUUUAGAACUAUAUUAGCUUCACGCUAGGUAACUUGAAAGAUGUGUAUUUUGUGUGUGAAACUGCACUUUGCAGCUUUUACAUUUGUAUAUUUUGUUAAUGUGCCGCUUCAACAAAAUGUGCGCCCUUCCAUAUAUAUAUCUCACUUUACAAAAUGUGCAUCCGUCAGAAUAUAUCUCACUUUACUGUAACUUAGUUCUUUUUUUUUUGUCAUUGCCAUUGUUUUUGUCUAGACACAAUGCAGAUUUAACUGGGAACUGGGUUGACGCCAUGUUUGGUAUUUAAUACACUUGGUUCAGCAGAAAAACAGUGCAAACCGUUUUAUAAAUUAAAGUUUUAACAAAAGAAAAUCAUUAGCUCUCAAAAGUAAAUGCCAAAAACAGUGAUCCUUAAAGAUAGCCUAUGUUGUUUCUGUGAAUAGUUUUUUUUUUCAUAUUACCUUGGAAGUGAGUUUGAUUAUAAUUGCAGAUUAUUAUUUCAAAUCGAUUAUUAGAUGUAUGUUAUUUUAGUAAAUUAUAUUUUACAGUGGAUUAUGUUACUGAGAUGUUACAGAGCUACAAUAUUUAUAUUUUGUCAUGGAGUAGUUCUUACUUGAAUUGAAAACAGAAAUGAAUUAGCCUGUUUCAGUUUAAAUGUUGUCAUUUCAGAGGGUAUGUGGCUGGUUACCUUUUUUCAUGUUCUGAUUGUUGGAUCUGUACGUAGUAUCCCUUGCUCUACCUUUCAAUUGUCAGUAUGCCAAGACAUCCAUUGCAUUUUAAUGUGUCCAUACAACAGAGAUGAAAUGGAGAUGCGUACAGUCGAUUCAGCACAGAUCUGAUAUUUAUCCCACUGGAGAAUGUAUUAUGAUGUCAAUAAAAAGUGAUUGGAAUAGA